AGUCUGUUGACGAUGACCAACAUGGUUCGACCGGGAUUGUCAGAAUAACACAGGCAUCUGAUGGGGAGGAGGAGGACGCCGGUGUGCCUGCUCUGAAGCCACUAAAAGAUUUGAAAAUGAGCAGCCGUAGAAAGAAGGUUCCCCCGGUCCGGGUGGACGAGGAGGCCAAGAAACGGCUGAGGUGGAACAUGUUGGAGGACCGGUGGAAGGAGGCAAUGCAGGAGGGUGAUGAGGAGACGCCAACCUGCUCCCUUUUACCCGCUGAUCUGAUGCCGCCUGUUGGACACCUUCUCCCCACCAACCCGGACCAAACGAGACCGGCUGGCAGCACUAACAUCACCCCAUUUGUAGAUCUGGCACAUGAGGUUCCAGGUACAUCAUCAGACACAAGCUUCAUUCCAGCGUCCCUGGCGCUCGCCGUGGUGCCCGUCGCUAACCUGGGUCACGUCUGGAGGUCUCUGGUUGGAGAGUUUAGCAUUCGGCCGGCGUGGGUCCCUUCCGACUGGGAGCAGUCUGCUUUCACCUUCAUCCGGACAGGAGAACAGCUUUGUCUCGUGUACGCCAGCCGGGAAGAGAGCUUAGGACUGCAGCCAAAGCUUGGUGGGGACACAUGCACAGUGGAGUGCAGCCUAGGCAGAAUCCCACUAGAGGACCUGGACUGGCUGCAGAAGCGGAGGGUGGUGCAGCUUUGCCACAGAGAAAAAGAAGAAACUAUCCAGGUGGGGAUAUACCUGCUGGAAACUGGAUUGGCAAAGCCGGAGUUCCUAAGUGAAGGCAAUGCUCGACUGAGGAAAGCAAAUCAACUGAUGCAGAAGCUAAUGGAGUAUUUCUAUGACUUCAUUAUCCCAGAGCUUGUAGAGAACGAGGAAGAGGAGGAGUGCGACACGGAUCUGGAGCGGCAGAAUGUGGAAGAGCUCUAUGACUAUGUCAGGCACCUUCACCAGGCGGAGAGGCCGGAGGUGACGUACGACGUCCAACACAAAGCUCUGAUACCGGUGCUCCGGCCCUACCAGAGCCAGGCUGUCAACUGGAUGCUGAGGAGGGAGAAAUACAGGAACACGUUGCCCAAAGAACAGUGUCUACAUUUUCUUUGGCGGGAGUUGGUCACUUUGUGUGGGAAGAAGUUGUUUUACAACCCCUUUACCGGCUGUCUGAUCCGGGAGUUCCCGCUGGCUGGAGUGGAGUGGCCUGGGGGAAUCCUGGCGGAUGAGAUGGGACUCGGCAAGACAGUGGAGGUUUUGGCUCUCAUCCUUUUUCACACCCGUCAGGAUCUGAAGCAGGACAUCCUUACACUUCCUGUGGGAAAAUCUGUGAAUUAUUUCAUACCCCCUCCGCCAAUGGAAAAAGAUGAAGUCAUCCACCUCAAGUCAGAAGUUCCACCCAAAGUUAAGAUAUCGUACCCAACUGUACGCGUGAUGCUGCUUACCGCAAUAAAAGAGAUGAGGUCCGGCAAAGGAGCAUCGGUCAACGCCAUCUUCUCUUACAUCCGCACCACCUACCACUAUGACCUCCUGAAGAAUCGCAACCACAUAAGGAAGACCCUGGCAAAGCUGAUUGAUGAAGGUCUGGUCGACCGGGUAAAAGGGCGCGGUUUGGCUGGCUCAUUUAAACUGGGAAAGAACUACAAAGAAAGCAAGAGGACGUCAUUGGCGGCAACCAAGUCGAAUUCAAAAAGCAAAGAGAACAUGCCCAGGAGAAUUUCCCAGAGACGAGCAAAGGAAAAGACAGAAGUGGCUUCGCAAACUUCUCCUUCAGAGGACCAUGGAGAUCUAAGCCACCCCGCGCCAGAGAACAAGGAGUCAAAGAAGAAAGUGGAUGAAAGGCUUAAAGAUGAAGCAGUUCAAAUGGAUGAUAAACCUGAUUCCUCGCAGGAAGUACCCCUUGGCUCCACAAUGAACACUGAACCUGAAAGUGAAGAAACCUCAGAGGCGUCCAAGGAUAAAAGAGAGCCGGGAACUCGGGUAACAGAGAGGUUGGGUGAUAAUCCAGCUGAAGAAAAGGACGAAGCUCCGUCACUCAACCUGACCGGAGAGGACACUCCGCCUCUCCCCACCAGGGCGUCUGUGGUGCCCUUCAACACGCCAGACUACCGCUUCGAGUGCAUCUGUGGUGAGCUGGGAAUCAUCGACUACAAGGCCCGUGUGCAGUGCAUGAACUGCCAGCUGUGGCAGCAUGCGGAGUGCGUAAACUACAAAGAGGAGAGUGUGGACACCACUCCCUUCUACUGUCCCCACUGCCUGGUUGCCAUGACACCCGUGUCCACUGGCGCCACCCUCAUCAUUUCCCCGAGCUCCAUCUGCCACCAGUGGGUGGAAGAGAUCAACCGACACAUCAGGUCCUCCUCGCUGCGAGUGCUGAUUUACCACGGCGUGAAGAAGCAUGGAUUCAUUCAGCCUCGAAUGCUGGCUGAGCAGGACAUGGUCAUCACCACCUAUGAUGUGUUGCGGUCAGAGCUCAACUAUGUCGACAUCCCGCACAGCAACAGCAAAGACGGGCGCCGUUUCCGCAACCAGAAGCGCUACAUGGCGGUUCCCAGCCCCCUGGUGGCUGUGGAGUGGUGGCGCAUCUGUCUGGAUGAGGCUCAGAUGGUCGAAUGCACCACUGCUAAAGCUGCAGAAAUGGCGCUGCGGCUCACGUCGAUUAACCGCUGGUGUGUCAGCGGUACUCCCGUCCAGAGAGGGUUGGAGGAUUUGUAUGGCUUGGUUCUGUUCCUGGGUGUUGACCCGUAUUGGGUCAAACACUGGUGGGAUCAGCUGCUUUAUCGCCCGUACCGCCGCGGAAACACUGAGUCGCUUUACAACCUGAUCGGUCAGCUACUGUGGCGGUCAGCUAAAAAAGAUGUCAUUGAUCAGAUCCAGAUCCCCCCUCAGACGGAGGAAGUGCACUGGCUGCGUUUCUCCCCUGUGGAGGGUCACUUCUACCACCGGCAGCAUGAGGUCUGCUCGCAGGAUGCACUGGUUAAGCUCCGCAAGAUCUCUGACUGGAGCUUAAAGCUGGGCAGUCUAGACCGGCGCACGGUCACAACCAUCCUGUACCCGCUGCUGAGGCUCCGGCAGGCCUGCUGCCACCCACAGGCCGUCAGGGGAGAGUUCCUGCCCCUGCAGAAAAGCACCAUGACGAUGGAGGAGCUCCUGAAGUCGCUGCAGAAGAAAUGUCGAGUGGAGUGUGAAGAAGCCCACAGACAAUUGGUGUGCGCUCUCAACGGCCUUGCAGGAAUCCACAUCAUCAGAAAUGAGUUUGUCGAGGCGGUGGAGAUGUAUAGAGAAGUGCUGCGUUCGUCAGAGGAGCACAAAGGACAGCUGAAGACGGAUUCCUUACAGAGGCUUCACGCAACCCACAAUCUGAUGGAACUGCUGAACGCAAAGCAUCCUGGGAUACCUCCCACACUGAGAGAUGACCGUCUGAGUGAGGAGGCAGAACAGCUGCGACAGCACUACAUGACCAAAUACAACUCCGAGGUGUCCGACGCCCACCAGGCUCUCCAGCCGGUGCUGCAGAACAUCCGAGAGCUCAAACGCAAAGUCAACCUGCGCUCCCCCUGGUGGCUGGAUGUCAUAUCACGGGCCAUCCAGUGCUCCAUAGACGACGACCUGGUGUCUCGUAUCCAGAACGAGCUUACCUCCAGCUAUAAACAAGAGGCGCACAAGUUCUCCAUGGCUGACAAGUUCCGUGACGGCCACGGGCUGCAGUUUCUCCUUUCCACACAAAUGGACAGUCUGACGAAAUCCCAGAAGACCGUACAGGAUGCAGUGAAGAGGCUGGAGGGCCCGGCUUCGCAAGAGGUCAUCGAAGAAGCCACCCUGUGUCACCUGAGGCCUGUACGCCUGCCCCUCAACAACUGUGUUUUCUGCAAAGCGGACGAGCUAUUCACGGAUUACGAGUCGAAGCUUUUCUCUCACACGGUGAAAGGUCAAAUGGCCAUCUUUGAGGAGAUGAUCGAGGACGAGGAGGGGCUCGUGGACGACCGCCUCCCCACCACCAGCCGCGGUCUGUGGGCGGCCAGCGAGACCGAGCGCACCCUGAAGGCCAUCUUGUCCUUUGCUAAGGCCAAACGCAUGGACCCAGAGGUGGUGGAGGAGGGCAACACUUUCAUGGAGCUGUUUGAAAACUGGAAGAAAGAGUACAAGGUGUUGCACGAGUACUGGAUGGUUCUGCGGAACCACGUGUCGGCCAUAGACGAGCUGGGUAUGGCCACCGAGAGACUCCGCGUGCGUCUGCCCGAUGAGCCCAAACCCAAAGUGCUGCAUAUCAUCGAGCCACAUGAGGUGGAGCAGAACCGGGUCAAGCUGUUGAAUGACCAAGCGAUGGCAAAGUCCCAGCUCCAGAAGAAACUUGGCCAGUUUCUUUAUCUUACAAAUUUAGAGAAGUCCCAGGACAAGUCGACAGGAGGGCUGAACCCCGAGCCGUGCCCCAUCUGUUCUCGUCCUUUGGGGCAGGAGUGGGCGGUGCUGACCUGCGGCCACUGCUUCUGUAAUGAGUGCAUCGCCAUCAUCGUAGAGCAGUACAGCGUGGGCUCACGGCGCCGCGCCAUCAAAUGCGCCAUCUGCCGGCAGACCACGUCGCACACCGAGAUCUCAUAUGUGUUCACCGCCCAGUCCUCCAGCCAGGACCAAGAAAUCCCAGUCAAGGGAAGUCACUCCACCAAAGUGGAGGCAGUGGUGAGGACUCUGAAGAACAUUCAAGCGACUGACCCUGGAGCCAAGUGCCUCGUCUUCUCCACGUGGCAGAGUGUCCUGGAUAUUAUUGCAAAGGCGUUAUUUGACAACACCAUGGAGUUCUCACAGAUCAACGGGAUUCACAAAUUCCAGGAGAAUCUGAGCUCUUUCAAAUACGAGGACAAGAUCAACAUCUUGCUCCUUCCUCUCCACACGGGCUCCAAUGGCCUCAACAUUAUCGAGGCCACGCACGUCUUACUGGUGGAGCCCAUACUGAACCCGGCCCAUGAGCUGCAGGCCAUCGGCAGGGUGCACCGCAUCGGCCAAACCAAACCCACUUUUGUUCACAGAUUCCUCAUCAAAUCCACAAUUGAGGAGAGAAUGCAGGCAAUGCUGAAGACUGCCGAAAAAAGUCACAGCACCACCGCCAUGAAGCACUCGGAGGCGGCUGUGCUGACAGUGGCGGACCUGGCGGACCUGUUCACAGAAGACAGCGAACCUCUGGAGUGAACCUGUUUUACCUUACCAAGCAGGAAGUCCCGCCCACUUCAGACAGAUAGGCAGACAGACAGACAGGAAGACAGACAGGCAAGACAAAAACCCAUAAGUACACCAAGCAAUGAUGCAGGAACUCUGUUCGUUUUGCACAUUCCUCUUUUUGAAAAUGAAUUCCUGAGUCAAAACAAUGUAUUUCCAAAAAGUGACUUUAGAAAACCAGCAUCUGCAAUGAGAUAUUUCUUAAAAAAAGUGUCCUUUGGAAUAUUUACAUUUGAAUUUUUAAAUCUCUCCAGUGUGGGAUAUAGCAGUUCCUCAGUCAGUUGUCGUCAUUUUUUUUUGUAGCUGUAAUAAAAGGUUGUGAAGUAUAUUGCUCAAUAGCUACUUCAAUUGUUCGAGUACAUGUUUCUGUGGUUCGAUUUUAUUGUGAUAUUGUUCGUGUCAAUCUAAUCUGAUGUUAACCGUGUGCGUUUAUGUGUUGUUUCUCUGUACCCGAACGUGCCACUCAAAAGAAAACAAAGAGAGGAUGGAGGGAAAUGGAGGAGAGAUACUUUGGUCAUGUCGUUGACUCAGAUUUUUCCUCCAUUCUGAAGAAAUAAAAGUCUCUGAACA